CGGAAACUACUUUUAGUUUCAUUUCGAGUGACAUACUGUAAAGAAGUCAUUGCGUUCAGUAAAGAGUUAAAAUUUCGUUCGGAUCAAUAAAAAUAAUUUAAUCAAAACGUGUUAUUCCUUUUAGCCAAUAUCAUGACUGCAUAUAUAAUAAUAACAAAUCAGUAAAGAAAAUUAAUUUGUUAUACUCGGGGAAAUCAAAAUUAUCUCGACUGUGUUAUCAAUAGCACAGCAGGCACAUAUUAACUCCUCAAAAUCACCUCACGAACAAUAAUGUCCGUAUCGAUUUGAACAUACAUACAUAUGUAUUUUUAAUAAUUGUAUGGAUAAGCUAAAAUUCAGAACAAAGCCGUACAAAUAGGUAAUAAAAUAAAAAUAUUAAUCCAAUUAGCACUUUGGUUGAAGAGGACAAAUAACAAAUAUAAAAUGUGGGAGAGGCUAAGAAAAAAUACUUGCCUUAUAUUACUUUUUGCUGUUUUGGCUAAAACCAAAGAUAAUUUGCGUAUCGCAUUCGAGUGGAAGGAGAUGGACUUUAAAUAUGAGAAUGCCGAAGCACGUUGGACGGCAAUUGAAAAUCACGAAUUUCGGCCAGAUAACGUUAUACCUUUUGGGUUGGAAGUAUAUAGGUCACGAAUGUAUGUUGCUUUGCCACGAUGGCGAGACGGUGUACCAGCGUCAUUGGCUUAUUUUGAUAUCAAUGAAAAAUCUACAAAAUCACCACUACUCAUUCCUUUCCCUAGUUGGGAGGCACAUAAUCUUGCCGACUCGGAUCCAGAGCUUGUUUCUCCAUUUCGAAUUCGAGCUGAUCGCUGUGGCCGACUAUGGGUACUAGACUCACGUAUUGCAGGCGUUUUAGAGAAUACAACUAUAUUUGGAACUGCCCAGUUAUUAGUUUAUGAUUUGCAUAAUGAUAACCUUUUACGUCGCUACAAAUUUCCUAACAGUCAUAUGAAACAAGGCUCCUUCUUCGCAAAUUUAGCGGUAGAGGACUCUAAUUGCCAAUAUUCUUUUGCCUAUGCUGCUGAUUUAGGUGCCCCUGGUCUAAUAGUUUAUUCAUGGGCACAAGAUGAUUCAUGGCGUGUACAGCAUAAUUUCUUUCAUCCUGACCCAUUAGCUGGAAAUUACAGUAUAGAUGGUAUAGAAUUUCAAUGGGAUGAUGGUUUGUACGGUUUGGCCCUAUCUAAACCACAGGAAGAUGGCUUUGCUAUACUAUACUUUCAUCCACUCAGCUCUACAACUGAGUUUUCAGUUAGUACAAGUGUUCUUAGAAACAAAACCUUAGCUAGUUCUGGUGAAAUCUACCAUAACUUCAAAGUUUUAGGAGCGCGUGGUUCAAACGGACAAGCAGGUGCAGCAUUUAUAGACCCACGUACCGAAGUAUUGUUUUACACAUUACCAAAUCUAAAUGCUCUGGACUGUUGGAGUACAACUAAUACAGAUUAUUCUACCGAUACUCAAGGGCGUGUUUACACGAGUGCGCAAGAAUUCGUAUUUCCCAGCGAAGUAAAGGUCGAUACGGAAGAUAGAUUAUGGGUACUUUCGAAUAAAUUACAAGAAUUCAUUUAUGAUGAGCUCUAUCCUGGCAGAGUAAAUUACCGUGUUUUUACUGCGAAUGUUGUGGAUGCAAUCGCAAAUACUGUAUGCGAUACCAAGAUGAAACCGCUACCAGAAAUAGUUGAAACUGAAUUAGAUACGAUACUGGACGCAGUGAUAAACUCUACGAAAGAGGUAUCUGCUUCAGGUGUGGUAGUGAAAAGCUUAAGCGGAAUCAUCGUACUCAUAGCCGCGUGUUUACUGAUAUUAGUAUAAUUUUUAAUAUUAUCUAGAUAGUUUAAGUCCAACUAAUCUUAUUUUGUAUGUAAUAAUAGAAAAUUAAAUAUUUAGUAUAGAAGAAUUUUAUUAAAUUUCUACCAAUAUUAUAACUUUUAAUGUUAUAAAAUACUAUCUCCUUAUUAAUUUAGUAUAGAAAAUGUUGAGGAUAAAUUUUAACUACUUAUAUUUUGAUAACAUUAUUUUUAUUGGGAAUGUCGAAAUGGUGCAUUUUUAUACUCUCGCAACAAAGUUGCUAAGGAGAGCAUUAUAGUUUUGUUCACAUAACGGUUGUUUGUAAGUCCUAAAACUAAAAGAGUUAGAUAUAGGGUUAUAUAUACCAAAGUGAUCAGGGUGACGAGUAGAGUUGAAAUCCGGAUGUCUGUCUGUCGGUCCGUCUGUCCGUCCGUCCGUGCAAGCUGUAACUUGAGUAAAAAUUGAGAUAUCAUGAUGAAACUUGGUACACGUAUUUCUUGGCUCCAUAAGAAGGUUAAGUUCGAAGAUGGGCAAAAUCGGCCAACUGCCACGGCCACAAAAUGGCGAAAACCGAAAACCUAUAAAGUGUCAUAACUAAGCCAUAAAUAAAGGUAUUAAAGUGAAAUUUGGCACAAAGGAUCGCAUUAGGGAGGGGCGUAUUUGGACGUAAUUUUUUUGGAAAAGUGGGCGUGGCCCCGCCCCCUACUAAGUUUUUUGUAACCAAACUCUAUAGGGCCGUUUCCUUCAGGCUUUUCCAUAUACAGUUCAAAAUGGAAGAAAUCGAAUAAUAACCACGCCCCCCUCCCAUACAAAGGUUAUGUUGAAAAUCACUAAAAGUGCGUUAACCGACUAACAAAAAACGUCAGAAACACUAAAUUUUACGGAAGAAAUGGCAGAAGGAAGUUGCACCCAGGCUUUUUUUAAAAAUUGAAAAUGGGCGUGGCGUCGCCCACUUAUGAACCAAAAACCAUAUCUCAGGAACUACUCUACCGAUUUCAAUGAAAUUCAGUAUAUAAUAUUUUCUUAACACCCUGAUGACAUGUACGAAAUAUGGGUGAAAUCGGUUCACAACCACGCCUUCUUCCCAUAUAACGCUAUUUUGAAUUCCAUCUGAUGCCUUCUCUGUAUAAUAUAUACAUUAGGAACCAAUGAUGAUAGCGGAAUAAAACUUUACACAAAUACGGUAUUGGAAAAAUAUGUAAAUGACGGAUAAUGAAAUCUCGAUUAUCACUUUAUCAUGCGAGAGUAUAAAAUGUUCGGUGACACCCGAACUUAGCCCUUCCUUACUUGUUUAAUUUGUACUUAUGGUACUUACAUUUAUACGCAAUGAAUUUUCCUUGAAUUGAUUAAAAGAUUUUUUAUUUAAUACA